UGCUUUCCCCCUAACCAUCCAACUUCUUCAAACCACCAUCACUGACAUAAGCAACUCUCUUCCUCCUCCUCCUGUCCACCACAUUAUCGACCAUGACACCGCGCGAGACUGAGCCUGACUCCGGCGGAGGUCACGCGAACCGGCCUAUCGGCAACUCGACUGUCGUCGCAUACCCGAGUCAGGCCGCCGCAGUCCUUCCGAUCACCCUUAAGUUUGAGGAGGUGGUGUACAAGGUGAAACGGGAGGCCAAAGGGUGGUGGCCGAGCUCGAGCAGCCCGGCCGAGAAGACCAUACUUGACGGUAUAACGGGAGUGGUCUGCCCCGGGGAGCUGCUGGCGAUGCUGGGCCCGUCUGGGUCCGGCAAGACCACUCUUCUGACCGCCCUCGGCGGCCGCCUCCGCGGGAAGCUCUCCGGAAAAAUCACCUACAACGGCCACCCCUUCACCGGCGUCGUCAAGCGCCGCACCGGCUUCGUGGCCCAGGACGACGUCCUCUACCCCCACCUCACGGUGACCGAGACGCUUACCUUCACCGCGCUGCUGCGGCUCCCCGGGUCACUGAGCCGGGCAGAGAAGGCCCAUCAGGCCCAAUUAGCGAUCUCCGAGCUGGGCCUGAAUCGUGUGGCCCACAGCAUGAUAGGCGGGGCCCGUGGGGUGAGAGGUCUCUCCGGCGGUGAGCGGAAGCGGGUGAGCAUCGGACUGGAGCUGCUGGUGGACCCGAGCCUGCUGCUGCUGGACGAGCCCACGUCCGGCCUGGACUCGACGACCGCCGCCAGAAUCGUCGCCACGCUCCGCCGGCUGGCGGUGGAGAAGGGCCGGACGGUGGUGACCACGAUCCACCAGCCGUCCAGCCGCCUCUACCGCAUGUUCGACAAGCUCGUGCUGCUGUCGGAAGGCAACGCCAUAUACUACGGUCGGGCGGCCGCCGCGGUCGACUACUUCGUGUCGGUCGGAUUCCCCUGCCCGAUCGACGGUGUCAACCCCGCCGACUUCCUACUGGAUCUAGCUAAUGGAAUCGCGCCGGAGUCGAAGUACGCAAGCGAGAACGGCGAGGCCAAUGGCGGCAUGCAGCGGGAGCAGAAGGCGGUGAAGGAGGCUCUCAUCAGCGCGUACGAUCGCAACGUCGCCACCCGAUUGAAGGCGGAGCUCUGCGCGGUGGACUUGAACAACCAUGGCUACGCCAGAGAGAUGGCCAAUGCCAGCACGCAGUGGUGCACGAGCUGGCGGGAGCAGUUCACGGUGCUGCUCAGCAGAGGGUUGAAGGAGAGGCGGCAUGAGGCCUUCAACAAGCUCAGGAUCUUCCAAGUCCUCAGCGUGGCCACACUCGGAGGUCUGCUUUGGUGGCACACCCCAUUAUCCCAUAUCCAAGACAGGACAGCACUUAUCUUCUUCUUCUCGGUGUUCUGGGGCUUCUUCCCGCUCUACAAUGCCGUGUUCACGUUCCCGCAGGAGCGGCCGAUGCUGAGAAAAGAGCAGGCCGCCGGCAUGUACCGCCUUUCGUCCUACUUCCUAGCGCGCACAGCGGGGGACCUGCCCAUGGAGCUUGCGCUCCCGACCGCCUUCACCUUCAUCAUGUACUGGAUGGGCGGCCUCGACCCCCACCCGCUCGCUUUCCUCCUCUCCCUCCUCGUCGUCCUCUUCAGCGUCCUCGUGGCGCAGAGCCUGGGCCUCGCCGUGGGGGCCAUGCUGAUGGACGUCAAGCAGGCCACCACCCUGGCGUCCGUCACCACCUUGGUCUUCCUCAUGGCCGGCGGGUACUACGUGCAACAGAUACCGCCCUUCAUCGCCUGGCUCAGGUACUUGAGCUACAGCUUCUACUGCUACAAGCUCCUGCUGGGCGUCCAGUUCACGGAGCACGACUCCUACGAGUGCUCCAAAGGGGUGAUGUGCCCGGUGAUGGAGUACCAAGCGAUCAAGUCGGUGGGGCUGCGACGCAUGUGGGUUGACGUGUGCGUCAUGGCGGUGAUGCUCGUCGGCUAUCGGAUCGUCGCCUACCUCGCGCUGCGCCACCUGCAACACAGGUGACGGAGAACAGGGGCCGAUCGAUCGAACUCUUCCCGUUGGUCGAGGAUGCACUCCGACAAAGGUCCCCUGCAACGGAUCACACUCGAAAGGAAGCAAGCGCCGAAUACCGCAAAUUCGAGCUCCCCGGACAAUACAAACAAUAAUGGACGCCUUCGAGCGUUCUCAGGUCCUGCGAGAACUGCUUGUUAGUGAAGGCCUACAAGCUGUCGUUUGGGCAAUAUGUGCAGAACCAGUGCUCCAAGUUUUGUUAGCAGCAUCUAUGAAUUUGAUAGGAACUAAUUCCACUA